GUGUGUGUGUGUGAGAGAGUGUGUGUGUGAGUGACAGUCUGUGUGUGUUCAGGAAAUCAAGCUUCUCUUAACAUUAAACACAGAUCUGAUGUAUAUGUUCAGAUGGUAUACUGUAUAUAUUCUAUAGUUUCAUCAGUGUCUGUAAACUGAGAGGGAAGUUAAACUGCAGGAUAGACAUGUGUGUCUUGUUUAUGUGUUUAUGUGUGUUUGAAUGACAGAUAUGAGGUCAGUAAACAGAUGUUUACAUCCAUCUACACCCUGCUGUAACUCCACACUCAACACAAAACUCUGGAGGACUUCCUGAAGCUCAUGUCAGAGUAUAAACACACACACAGGUGUCAGAGGGGCGGGGCUAUGAGUGCACUGCAGGUAAAUGUGUGACUCCUCCCCUGUAACAUCACUCAGGUGUGUGUGUGUGUGGACACAGAGAGACCUUCAUCUGCUCCUCUGUGGAUCUCAGGUGAGUCUUCUUCACCUACAGCAGUUUGACUGAUUCUCAUUCAGAUGAAUCUAUAACAGACAUUUACAGCACAUGAUGAACUAUACUCCACUGUGUGACCAGGACUUGAAUGUUUUUGUUGAUGUUAAUCUUUUAGAAAUGCAUGAGUAUGUGUGUCCAAACCUUUGACUCGUGCUGUAAAGAAAAGCCAUUUACUCACUCGAUGGGUCUUCAGACCAAUCCGACACCACAGACGAGGGAACUGAAAGAGUAAAAAGGCAGUGUUAUACUUUUGAACAGAUGACAUUGACUGCAUGUUCUGAACGGUUUGGAGCCUGAUUUAAUGGCAUGUUAACUGUAUGGACUGUACGCGGGUUUAUCCUGUGCGUUUGAACAUCACACUAAAUGCUUAUUAAGUUAAUCUGGAGUGUAUUUGAAGUCUCUGUUGUUCUAAACUGGAGUCUGUCUCUCUCAAAAUCCUUCACAGGGUUUCAAAGAGGAGCGGAAACGGAUUUCUGAGGAUCUAUCAUCGAAGACGAUGGUGUUUCCUCCACUCUUUAAUCCAUCUGAACACACACACCGCUCUAGAUACACUUCCUGUCUGCGAUGCAAUAUUGAUAGUAGCGGUGUUGUAGCACUUGUAGCCUAGAUUUGUCAACAUGGAUGCAUCACUCCAGGACGCACAUUGCCAUCUUGAUAGGAGCAGCGUGUGUUGCGGCAUGGCUGCCUCCAGAGGGACUGACAUGAACUCUCAGCUUCACUCGGAACCGCUCGGUCACUCCUUGCCUCUGUAUUUGUACCCGACCCACGUGGAGCAGCGGGUUUACGAUGGCUCGUACUAUAGCGGGGCGUCGCUGUUGUCGUACCUGCCACCGUUCCAUGGCAGCUUCGGCGUGUACGACUGUACGUUUGAGCCCGCUUUCAUACAGAAGCGAAACGAGAGGGAGCGUCAACGCGUGAAGUGUGUGAACCAGGGAUACGCCAAACUCCGCGACCACCUGCCGAACGGGACCACGGAGAAGCGCUUGAGUAAAGUGGAAACGUUGCGAACGGCCAUACAGUAUAUAAAGUAUCUUCAGGGACUCGUGGAGAACCCAGAGCGAGGGGGAGAGAACGGAGGAGGAGCGUCUCCCGUUUCUGAAUCCUCAUCCGAGGAAUCUGCCGGGAGUUACAGAGACGUUCAGACUCGGACAUGAGGGCACAGGGGUCACAACGCCCCAAAAUCAACACGACAAUCUGUUUCUGCCCUUGAACUCUCAGUGAUCAUGCGACCUGUGCUUUAACAGCUUUCUUGAAUCUAAAUAAACCUUAAAUGAUAUCUUAUAAAUUAUAUUAGAUGAUUCUUUACCGCUACUGAAUCUAUAGCUCCACAGUAUUUGUAUAUUUAUCUAAACAUUCCUAAAACAAGACAACUUUACUUGAGAAGAAAAAUGAUAGAAGAUAUUUUGUCUUGCUUUUAAGAGAAUUCGAUCAAAAUUUGGUGCGAGUCAGCGGUCAAAAACACUCAUUAAAGUGGGUCUGGGUAUCUCAGCGAGUAUUGACGCUGACUAUCACCGCUGGAGACGCGAGUUUGAAUCCAGGGUGUGCUGAGUGACUCCAGUCAGGUCUCUUUAGCAACCAAAUUGGCCCGGUUGCUAGGGAGGGUAGAGUCACAUGGGGUAACCUCCUCGUGAUCGCUAUAAUGUGGUUCUCACUCUCGGUGGGGCGUGCGGUGAGAAUAGCGUGAAGCUAACGGGAAUGCGCUCAAGUCACGUGAUAAGAUGCGCUGAUUGACGGUCUCAGACGCGGAGGCAACUGAGACUUGUCCUCUAUAACCCGGAUUGAGGCGA